AUGCGCCAAGGGGGACUGGCGGGAUUAAAAACCAUGGCGUGGAUGCCAGCAGAAUCCGCAGUGGAAGAGUUGAUGCCCAGGCUGUUGCCAGUGGAACCGUGCGACUUGACAGAAAGUUUUGAUCCCUCCGUCCCACCGAGGACGCCUCAGGAAUACCUGAGGCGGGUCCAGAUCGAAGCAGCUCAAUGUCCAGAUGUUGUGGUAGCUCAAAUUGACCCAAAGAAGUUGAAAAGGAAGCAAAGUGUGAAUGUUUCUCUUUCAGGAUGCCAACCUGCUCCUGAAGGAUAUUCUCCCACACUUCAGUGGCAACAACAACAAGUGGCACAGUUUUCAUCUGUUCGACAGAGUGUGAUCAGACAUAGAAGUCACUGGAAAUCACAACAGUUAGACAGUAACGUGACCAUGCCAAAAUCCGAAGAUGAAGAAGGCUGGAAAAAAUUUUGUUUGGGUGAAAGGUUAUGCGCUGAAGGGGCUGUUGGACCAGCUACAAGUGAAGGUCCUGGAAUUGAUUAUGUGCAGAUUGGUUUUCCUCCCUUGCUUAGUAUCGUUAGCAGAAUGAAUCAGGCAACAGUAACUAGUGUCUUGGAAUAUUUGAGUAAUUGGUUUGGAGAAAGAGACUUUACUCCAGAAUUGGGAAGGUGGCUUUAUGCUUUAUUGGCUUGUCUUGAAAAACCUUUAUUACCUGAGGCUCAUUCACUGAUUCGGCAGCUUGCAAGAAGGUGCUCUGAAGUAAGGCUCCUAGUGGACAGCAAAGAUGAUGAGCGUGUUCCUGCUUUGAAUUUAUUAAUUUGCUUGGUUAGCAGGUAUUUUGACCAACGUGAUUUAGCCGAUGAACCAUCUUGAAGUAGCUGGUCUCUCAGGGGUAGAAGAUACUUGUGAUGAAGGCAGCAAGAGUCUGAAGAUGCACAGUGACAACAAAGUGAGAAUUGCAUCACAUCUUCAACUUACUUGAAGGUUCUUCAUCUUAACCUGUGCAUCUCAAGUUGACAUUCAGAAGAUAAAUUGUAUUGAGUAUCUGAAGUAUCUUUGGAAAAUCCUAACCAGCCAGUUUUUGAUGAACAGUUUAAACCGUUUUCUGUAAUCACAUGCUUUUAAGACAAAUUGAGUGCCAUUUAUUGGUGAAACAUCCUGUACAGAAACUGUAUGAUGAAAUUUUACUUAGAUCCUUGGUGCUGUUUCAUUGUUAAUAAUAAACUCUUAUUGAGAAUGUGUUUUGGUUAUUAAAAUCUUGUUUGAGGGGCAGCCCCAGUGGCGCAGCGGUUUAGCGUCGCCUGCAGCCCAGGGCAUGAUUCUGGAGUCCCGGGAUCGAGUCCCACGUCAGGCUCUCUGCAUGGAGCCUGCUUCUCCCUCUGCCUGUGUCUCUGCCUCUCCCUCUCUCUCUCUGCAUCUCUAUGAAUAAAUAAAUAAAUAAAUCUUAAAAAUAAAAUAAAAUCUUGUUUGACUCUUGAACAAAAGACAGUGCAUAAAUGUCCUUAGUAUUAGACGAUAAUCUUGAUUAAACGACAAAUGUUUUCAUAGCAACAAAAUUAAUCCAGUGUUUUUUUUUUUUUUAAGAUUUAUUUAUUUAUUCACGAGAGACACAGGUUGCGAGAGAGGCAGAGACAUAGGCAGGGGGAGAAGCAGGCUCCUCCCGGGGAGCCUGAUGCGGGACUCGAUCCUGGAUCCCAGGAUCCCAGCCAAAGGCAGGCACGCAACUGCUGAGCCACCUAGGCAUCCAAUCCAGUGUUUUCCAUUUAAGCUCAAUAUGUUUCUUUUUAAAUGCUUUAUUACACAAAACUUUUUCUUAAAUCAUUUUUUUUAAGAUUUUUAUUUAUUUAUUUGAGAGAGAGAACAUGAGUGGGGUAAGGGGCAGAGGGAGAAGCAGACUCCCCACUGAGCAGGAAGCCCUAUGUGGAACUCCAUCCCUAGACUCUGGAAUCAUGAGCCAAGCCAAAGGCAGAUGCUAAACCAACUGAGCCACCCCAGCACCCCUUAACUGAAGUUUUAAAAAUUAGGGAUUUUUGUUUCAUAAAAAUUGUGAUUUAAGUAGUUCAGGACUUGGUGCAGCAGCUCUACAAUAUCUUAAAUGCCCUGGGCUACAUCCAGAUUUUCAAUUUUAGUAUGUAGCUUUCAUCUUUUUAGUCAUGAUAUGGUUGUUCUAUCUCUUGCCUCAUUCCAGAAAGGAUAACUCCUUUUUGUUCUCUAUAUCAGGGGAGCAAAAUAUUACAAGAAAUCCUCAACGUAUAUAUCAUUUGGCAGUGUUAUAUAACACUUUCUAAUUGUAAAGAGAGCUAGAAAGUAUGAUUUUUUAGCUGAGUACCUUGCCACUGCUGCCAAAAAUGGGGUUCUGUUAGAAAAGGGGAAAGUGGAUGUUGACUAAGCAGCUAGCAUUGUCUUAGAUUUCCAGCCUGUACCCCAACUAGCUGUGUCAAAACCUCACAUUUUUUGCUGAUUGAUGCUUGGGGGUUAA